GAAAGAAGCUUCGCGAAAUAGCUUCAACUUGCCUGAUUGAGACAGAUCUGAGGAAGGUCCAAGCAGCGAUUUCUAAUCCGGAGAGUUUCGAUCCACGACGUCACAACUCGGCGGAAUUACUAAUGGACGUCCGCCGCUGCAACUCUGCGACAGAAUAUAAAAUGGGUGUCAUGAAGUAGACGAAAUAGACGAACUAACAGACAGACUCGUUUGAGAUUGAAGCCUGUACGUUCUGGUAGUAGUCAUGGCGUCUCCCACUACAGCGAAGAGCGUUCUGAUUGUCGGUGCGACUGGAUACAUUGGAGGUUCAAUCCUCACUGAACUCUUGCAAUCCCCAGAGGCGUCUGAAUUGAGCAUCUCAGCCUUGAUCCGUCGACCAGAACAGGCGGCCCGACUCCAGUCUCUCGGGGUGAAGCCUCUGGAAUUCAAAGGACUGGAUGACCUUGACGCGUGUAGAGACGCUGCUUCCCAGCAUGAUGUGGUCAUCAAUGCCGCAUCUGCCUCCCAUGAUAGCUCUGCCAAAGCCUUGAUAGAAGGGUUGAGCCAGAGGCAGAAAGCUACUGGCAAAGAUACGUACAUGAUCCAUACCUCUGGCACGUCAAUCCUGGGAGACCAUCCCUAUACCGGUACGCCGCAGAAUCAGAAGAUCUGGUCGGACGAGAAGGACGACGUCUACGCAAUGGAAAAGGACCACCCCGAGCGCUACGGGCAACGGGUCACCGAUGUCACGGUGGUUGAGACGGGAUUGAGGCUUGGCGUCAAGACGUAUAUCGUCGUCCCUCCCACUAUCUAUGGCAAAGGAUCCGGUCCAUUUGCGACUCUAAGUCAACAGGUGCCCAAUCUUGCGCGCCUUGCCCGAAAGCGAGGCCAUGCUGCUGUCAUCGAAAGUGGAGCUGGGAUCUGGAACCAUGUCCAUAUCUUGGAUCUGGCCAACUUCUAUCUCCUUCUCUUCCGGGCUGUGCGAGAGCAACCGAACUGGCUUCCAUCGGGCCCCAAGGCCAUCUUCUUCGUCGAGAGUGGAGAGCAUACAUGGUUACAGGUUAGCCAGGGUAUUGCUGAUGCUCUUCACAAGCAGGGAUUCGUAGACAAUAGCAACGUCGAGUCGAUCAGUAUGGAGGAAGCAGCUGCAGAAAUCACUAGGGGCAAUGAGAGUCUCGUGGAAAUCACUCUUGCAUCCAAUUCCCGGGCAAGAGCCGAUUUCGCUCGCAAUCGGCUGGGCUGGGAGACGUCCAGGGGCAAUGAAGAUUUUCUGAAUCACUUUGGUGGGGAGAUUGAAGCCAUGAGAGAAGAGCUCCAGGCGUCCAAGUAGUGAUCGGAUUAUCUACAGCUGUUCGUUUUUAUUCUCCCGGACCGGGUGUACAACGAAACGAAGCCUUUGUUCCUACGAUACUUGCCAGGGAUUGACAAGUACACAGGUAGAGGUCUUUCACUGUUCAAAACAUUGGAUCACUCAUUCCUUAUACUUCCAAAAAUGAAGCACCAUUGCAGAUGACUUCAGUAUAGUGCCUCAAUUCCAAAGACAGGUUUCCAG